AUGGCCAUUCUUUCUCUUAUAGUUGCUGUUACAAAACUGCUAUUGAUCUUCCCUCCCUUUUCUUCUGCAUCUGAUGUUAUUACUCAUGAUCAGCCGCUCCCUGAUGGAAGGACCUUGGUGUCUAAAGAUGGGAUCUUUGAAUUGGGCUUCUUCAGCCCUGGUGGCUCCACACACCGAUAUGUUGGAAUUUGGUACAAGAGCAUCCCCCAGAAAACUGUUGUUUGGGUGGCCAACCGUGAAAAACCAGUCAAAGACAACUCAGAUAGGGUGGGACCUGAAACUAGGCUGAAUCGACGCCUAACAGCUUGGAGGAACUGGGAUGACCCAUCUCCUGGAGACUUCACUUGUGGUGUCGCCCUUGGUCCUAUUCCUGAGUUAGUAAUGUGGAAGGGCUCAGAAGAAUUUCAAAGAAGUGGCCCUUGGAACGGAGUCAGCAUUGGUGGCAAAACCACUCCCCUUUUCCAGCUGCAAUUUGUCGUCAAUGAAGACGAGGUGGUUUACACUUCUAAUCUCCAGGACAAAUCUGUGAUUACAAGAGUUGUUCUAAACCAAACUGUUUAUUUUCGUCAGCGUUACAUCUGGGAUGAACAAACCAAAAGUUGGAUACUUUAUUCAUCUAUACCAAAAGAUAACUGUGACAGUUAUAAUCCUUGUGGCCCCAAUGGAAAUUGUAUUGCAAGUGAAUCACCACGUUGCCAGUGUUUAACAGGAUUCAAGCCAAAAUCACCUCAAAAGUAUGAUGCAUUGGACUGGACUCAGGGAUGUGUGCGCAGUGAACCAUGGCGCUGUAGGGUCAGAGAAAAAGAUGGUUUCAGAAAAUUUAAUGGGCUAAAAAUGCCAGAUACAAGAACAUCUUGGGUUAAUGCAAGUAUGAGACUUUCGGAGUGCAAGGCUAAAUGCUGGGAAAAUUGUUCCUGCAAGGCUUAUGCAAACUUGUACAUUACUGCAGGAGGCAGUGGUUGUAUCCUUUGGUUUGAUGAUCUUAUUGAUUUGAGAGUGGCUACAGUCCCUUCGCAAGAUCUUUUUAUUCGAAUGGCUUAUUCUGAUACUGUACUAGAAGAUGCAGAAAAGCAUAAGAAAAAGGUUGUCGUGGGAACAACAGUUACUUUUUCCUUGGUUCUCAUGAUGCUUUUGGCCUUCUUUUCCGUUCAUGGAAGAAUAGAAAGCAAAGAGGUACACUUCCUUAACCAGAUGAUCUUUCCAUGA